AUUCUAUAAGGUCAAUAAGUACGGUAUAGAAUCCCACCAAUAUAUAGCCGCUCCCUCCAUCUAUUUUCCAUUGCCGAAAACAAACGCUCCUCUUUCUCCGCCCAACAACCCAAAUCUUGUCUCUGCAAUGGCGGAUCUCAAGUCCACAUUUCUCAAAGUUUACUCCGACCUCAAAUCGGAGCUGCUUCAGGAUCCUUCCUUCGAGUUUACUGAUGAUUCUCGCGAGUGGGUCGAACGGAUGUUGAACUACAAUGUUCCUGGAGGUAAGCUCAACCGUGGACUCUCUGUGAUUGAUAGCUACAAAUUGUUGAAAGAAGGAAAAGAACUGUCUGAAGAAGAGCUUUUCCUUGCAAGUGCUCUUGGUUGGUGUGUUGAAUGGCUUCAGGCAUAUUUCCUUGUUCUAGAUGACAUCAUGGAUAACUCCCACACUCGUCGUGGCCAACCUUGUUGGUUUAGACUGCCAAAGGUUGGUUUGAUUGCUGUCAAUGAUGGAAUUCUGCUUCGCAAUCACAUUGGGAGGAUUCUCAGGAAACACUUUCGAGGGAAGCCUUACUAUGUAGAUCUGCUGGAUCUGUUUAACGAGGUGGAGUUCCAAACAGCUUCAGGGCAGAUGAUAGAUUUGAUUACAACUCUUGAAGGAGAAAAAGAUUUAUCCAAAUACUCAUUGUCAAAGCACCGCCGUAUUGUUCAGUACAAAACUGCCUACUACUCUUUUUAUCUUCCUGUUGCAUGUGCACUACUUAUGUCGGGUGAGAAUCUGGAGAACCAUAUUGAUGUGAAGAACAUUCUUGUUGAUAUGGGAAUCUACUUCCAAGUACAGGAUGAUUAUUUGGAUUGCUUUGGUGCUCCUGAAACCAUUGGCAAGAUUGGAACGGAUAUAGAAGAUUUCAAGUGCUCUUGGUUGGUGGUCAAAGCAUUGGAAGUCUGCAAUGAAGAUCAGAAGAAAGCAUUAUAUGAGAAUUAUGGGAAACCAGACCCAUCUAAUGUUGCUAACGUGAAGGCUCUCUACAAUGAGCUUAAUCUCGAGGGUGUUUUUGCCGAUUUUGAAAGCAAGAGUUAUGAGAAGUUAAUAACCUCAAUUGAAGCUCAUCCUAGCAAGCCAGUCCAAGCAGUGCUGAAGUCCUUCUUGGCCAAGAUAUACAAGAGGCAGAAAUAGAUGGCUGAUUUCCAUGCUGCAGGAAGUGGGAUCUUGUUAGGUAUUCUGAGUCUUGUGUCCUGAUUUGUAGUCUAUUUUUCUGAUUCACUACGAAGACGAUCUUCUUGUAUUGCAUCACUAACGUUCUGGUGCUCUUAGUUUUUGCUUUCUGGAAUUGAAUAAAUAGAGUUCAUUUAUAUCU